GAUCAAAUUAAGCGAUGGUUUGAUUGAAAAUAUUUUGUUACAUUAAUUGACAUAAAACAUUGUAAAAAAGCACGUGGCAAAUCAAUUCGUUAAAUUUUAUAGUGUUUUAAAAACCAAAAAAUGAAUUUUUAUUUUCUCAUGAUGCAUAUGGUAUUCUCAUUAAAUAUGUUGCUAGUAAUAGUCAUAUGUAAAAUAUUAUGUAUAUUUAUUAUUUUACCUAUUUUAUUAAUAACAUGGAGAAAGCAGUAUUCCAAAAGUCGAAUGGAAAGAUUACACAAGGAAACGGUUGUAGGUUUCUUUCAUCCGUAUUGUAAUUCAGGUGGAGGAGGUGAAAGAGUACUUUGGGCUGCUGUGAGUGCUAUACAAACCAGAUACCCUAAUGUAUGCAUAGUUAUUUAUACUGGGGAUCUUGAUGCACAUCCAGAACAAAUUUUAAAUAAGGCAGAAAAAGUAUUUAAUUAUAAAAUUGAGCAUAAAAUUGAAUUUGUAUACUUACAUAGGCGCAAAUGGGUGGAACCUUCAAUGUAUCCAUAUUUUACACUUUUAGGACAGAGUUUGGGAUCAAUUUGGUUAGGUGUUGAAGCUUUAAAUAAUUUCGUACCAGACAUUUACAUUGAUACCAUGGGUUAUGCAUUUACAUAUCCAUUAUUUAAAUAUAUUGGUGGGUGUCGAGUAGCAACAUAUACUCACUACCCCACAAUUUCAACUGAUAUGUUGAGACAUGUUUAUAGAAGAGUUAUCUCUCAUACUAAUAAAAGAGUUAUAGCUAGAAAUCCAUUUUUAUCAGCAGCUAAACUUGUUUAUUAUAAAUUAUUUGGACUUAUAUAUGGUUGGGUUGGCAGUAGGGCAGAAAUAGUAAUGGUUAAUUCCUCAUGGACCGAAGAACAUAUUAACACAAUUUGGAAAUGUCCAUUGAAAACUCAUAAAAUUUAUCCACCUUGCAAUGUAAAGCACUUAACAUCACUGCCACUUCUCAGUGAUGAUGAAAAAUGUAAUAAUAUUCGUAUAAUAUCAGUUGCACAAUUUAGACCAGAAAAGAAUCAUCCAUUAAUGUUGAGAGCCAUGUAUGAACUUAGAUCAAUCGUUAAAGAAGAAAUUUGGGAAAAAAUCCGUUUAAUUCUUAUCGGUUCUUGUCGAAAUUUUGAAGAUGAAGUACGCAUGAAAGAUAUGAAGGAUUUAUCAAAACAUUUUGCAUUAGAUGAAAAUGUAGAAUUUAAACUAAACAUACCAUACUCGGAACUUCUAUCGGAACUACAACGAGCAAUGAUAGGUUUACAUACAAUGUGGAAUGAACAUUUCGGUAUAAGCAUUGUUGAAUGUAUGGCAGCUGGAUUAAUUGUAGUAGCUCAUGGUUCUGGUGGACCAAGGGCUGAUAUAAUAGAAACACAACCAGGGUCUCAAAAUGGAUUUUUAGCUACAGAAGCUGAAGAAUAUGCAAAGAUUAUGGCACAUAUUAUCAACAUGCAUCCAGAAGAUAGAAAUGCCAUUAGGACAGUUGCUAGAGCAUCCGUAGAUCGGUUUUCGGACGAAAUGUUUGAAAGAGAAUUCUUACGAACUAUAGAACCAUUUUUUAGACAAAAACAGGAAUGAUAAUUCUUAUUAAAAUAUUUAUUAUGAUUAGAUAUAUACUUUUUUAACAUAUCUUUGCUUCUUCUAUAAAACAGAAAACGUCAUAAAGUUAUUCACCUACUGAUUGAAUAAAAAAUUAUGUACAUGAAUAUUGCAAAAAUGAAAUAGAUAUAAUCAAAUAAGAAAAGGAACAGAUGUUAUACAAAUUCUUUGUUAUAUGUGUUAUAAUUAUUCUUGAUAAAAUAAAUAAGGUAACAAUGAGAGAAUGCAACUAAUACAUGUACUAUGCAUUUUGCAUUAUACUUAUUUUGAAUAUACAAUUGUUACUUA